AUGGUCAAACUCCAACUCCGAGACGUCGUCCUCGCCUCACUGUUUGCGACCCCAAUCCUUGCCGGCAACAGCGUUGGAUUCGUAUACGGCUACGAAUGCUAUGACUGUGGCUGCAACGCAUACCAGCAAAACACUUUUGUGAAUCCAGGCAACAGUGGUGCUUGCUAUGAUCUUUCGCAAGGAUCCGCAUCCACCGGAAUUGACCGUACAAGUGUCUACGACAAAAUGGACUGUGUUCUAUAUACAGGCUACAAGUGUACUGGUAGCUCCUACUACCAGGCUGAAAGAUACAGACAGGAUUGGAACUGUCAGAACUCCAAAAUUGGCUGGAUCAACUCUUGGCAGUGCUGGACUUGA